UUGAUUUGAUCCAAUAAAUAAAACAGUUGGCAUCAAUUUUAUAACCCUAACGCAAAAUUGAAAUAAAGAACGCUUCAAUCUAUUUUCUGUGAGUCCUUGCCGCAGCGUUCCAAUCCAUCAGAGAAGAAGUUAGAACAACUCCACGACGACGAUAGCCAGAAUAUGAUUCUUAACAAAGAUAAAUAUAGGCGCGAUUCUAACGAAGAAAGCAAGAUUCUAGAAAAGAUGAAGAAAAGAAAGCAAUGUGAUAAUCAAAAUCAGGAAAAUUACGAAAAUGUUGGAAGUGAAGAUAGACUGAGUGACUUACCCGACUAUGUAAUCCUUCACAUCUUGUCAUUUUUGAAUACCAAACAUGUUGUUAGAACUUGCGUUUUGUCCAAGAGAUGGAAACAUCUAUGGAAACGUAUUCCAACUCUUAUUUUGCAUGCUUCAAGAUUUUCCACGGUUAAGCAGUUUUCCGUGUAUGUGUCUAAGAUUUUGACUCUCCGUGAUAGCUCAAGUUCACUAAAUGUACUUGAUCUUGACCGUCAUGGUGAUAUCGAGCCUCUGCUACUUAAAAAGAUUUUAAACUAUGUUUGUUCCCAUAGUUCCCACCUUGAGGAAUUGGGAAUUUCUGUGAAUGGUGAUAGUAGUCUCAUUAUGAGUUGUGUUUCUUCAUGUCGGGCUCUUACAUCUCUUAUGCUUUCAGUUUAUCCUAGAGGAGGCAUUUUUGGGAGUAAUUAUGAAACAUUAUUUCCAAAAUCUUUGAAUUUGCCGGCAUUGACCAGUUUAGAUCUAACAAAUUUUGUCUUUUGCGGUGAUGAAAAUGGUUGUGCUGAGCCCUUUUCUGCCUUUACUAAGUUGAAUAGUUUGGUCCUUAGUAGUUGUACGGGUCGGGAUGCACAAGUCCUCAACAUAUCAAGUGAGACACUUGUCAAUUUAGCUUUGCAUUAUAAUUCAUCUGAGUUUCCCAAAAUUGAGUUAUCUGCUCCGAGUCUUUGCACCUUUACUUUUACCGGGACUCCACGUCAAAAAAUAUGUGGGAGUGGUCUUUCUUCAGUGAAACAAGUAAAUAUCAGUGCAGACAUUAUUUCAAGAUGCGAUGCUGCUCCUAUGAUUCUAUUAAGUUGGCUGCUAGACCUUGCCAAUGUAAAAUCAUUGACAGUCACUUCAACUGCUCUUUGGAUGCUCUCACUGGUUCCUGAUUUAUUAGAGGUUAAGCUGCCUUCUUUGUGUAUCUUGAAGUCUAUGGAAAUAAAAUUGGAACCAUUAUGUGUUCAAGGUGCAUUACUCUACAUGGUGAAAGAUGCCAUGUUAAAGAAAGCUGCCGCCAAUUCACGUAAAGAAGUUGCCAGGUUACGAAGAGAAUUUAAAGCAGGUUCGCAACCAUCUUCCAUACCUGACGGAAUGGUCAACUUCUUGCUUCAAAACUCGUCGUCUGCAAAAGUUGACAUCACAACAGUUUAUUGAGUGAUUGUUGAAGAGUCUAUCCAACCCAAUGUAAUGUAUGUUAUUCUUUAUAAUUGAUCAUGGUCGACAAUAAGUUUUUUUGAAAUAUCAGUGAUAGAUAAGAUUGUAUGCAAAUAUUCAGAUUCUUGUAUUUAGUUAUUUGGCUGUUUGUGAUAAGGUAAAUUGAACCAUGCUGGAAAGAUUUACGAACUGGACUAUUAGCAUGAUAUUUUAGUAAGCCAAA